UUCCCGCCAAUUUUUUUCCCUUCAUGCAGCGCGCAGUGUUUGUUUCAUCAUGGCGGACCCUCCGAAACUGACAGGAACUGAUUUUUUCGAAUGUUCAACGGUUGCUGUUGUUCCCUGAACCUGGAGGAUAUGGUAGUUGGACCGGUGAGAUAUGAGCCAGCCCAUAUCGUUCUCAUCAGGGGAUGAAGUGAUCACGAUCAGUUCAGACGAGGAGGCGUUCGAGAAGCCGAGCUUCACCCCGAGGACUCGACGUGCCCGAGCACGCUCGCGGUCGCCCCGCGGUCCUUCCCGGCACGGUGUCGGACGGACAGGGAGCCGUGCGAAGACUCUGCAUGUUCUUAAUGCCGAUGACCCCAUAUACAUCUCAGAAGACGAAGACAGCAGUGAUGACCGUACCUGUGGUGAGAGGGAAGCUGACAGUGCAGGUCUCUUGUGUACCAGAAGUUGUGCCAGUCCAAUUGUCAAGACAGAACAUGAACCUGAAGACCACCAGGCACUUGUCAAUGGGAUCUCAGCCAGCCCCACACUCACCUGUCUGAAAGAGGAGGGUGGCCCUGGUUGUAAAACAGAGAGUGUAGGAAGGGAAACAGGCAUGGGUAACAGUACCAGCAGCUCAGGGCCAGAUGCAGUGUCUGGAGAGCUGGAGGACAGGACACUUAGUUACCAUACCAACCAGGUGUCUACUGAGAAAUCUGAUGUGUUUAAGAUGGAGCCUAGUCUUGCAGACUCAGAUGAAGAAUUUCAGGCUGCCAUUAAGGCAUCUCAGGAGCAUUCACACUUUGAGAGCAUGAGUGAGGAGGAAGCCCUGAGAAUUGCAAUUCAAAGGUCUCUGGGAGAUUUGGUUCAUAACAGGGACAGUUCCCAAGAGUCAGAUGAUGACCCUGACCUUGCCAAAGCCAUUGCUCUGUCAAGGGCAGAACAGCAGACUUCCCAAGGUCAUGGAAACAUCACAGAGGCUGCAGUGGCUGGGCCAAGUGGACUUCCUAACAGUGUUAGUAAGUCAUUCAUUGCUUCAUGCUCACAGUCCUCUUCAGACAGUGCCAUGUGGGAAAACUUGACAAAACCUAAGGUAGAAACAGCAGUCAACCAUGGGGAAAGUGAUGAAGGGGUCCCAGUGGAGCCCUUGUGCAAUCCUGACACACCUGCCUUGCCCUUGAACCAAACAAAUGAUGCAAUCCAGAAUUUCAGCAAUGACACAUCACACCUUACCUUCCACUCCCCAAAUAAAGGCAAGGGAAAGGGCAAAGGAAAGGGCAAAGGAUCAUCAAGUCCCAAGGUGUUGAAAUCUCCAGUGAAGAAGUCUGAGGAAGAGGUUGACAGUGACCUGGAAGUGGCUCUAAUGUUGUCACAGGCAGAGGCCAAUGCUCAGAAACAACUCCUGGAGGAGGAAGAUUUGAUACUACAGAGAGUAUGUGCAGAGUCAUUAAAGGACUUCAACAGGACCCAGGCUACCGACCAGCAGUUCCGCCCAGGUGUAGCAGGUACAAUUCUUCAUCUGCCGAAUGGAACGGCCUGCUCCCCAAACGGUAGUGACUCCUCUCAUCUCCCACCUGGAACAUUCUCACUGCAAGGCGAUUACAUAGGGACGUUUUCAUCUGUAUGUACCAAGUCUAUAGGUGGCUGCUUGUCUGACAGCGGAAAAGGGUCUCACGGCUGGCUGUCAGAUGAGAACCCGACGAAAAGAGCGAAUAUGACAAACAUUGAAGGUGGCACAGAAGAUGUCUCCUCACACAAACUAACAAGUAAAACUUUGGCUGGCUCUUUUAAACUGUUGGAAAAGUCUAGCUCUGCAAAAUCCAAGUCACCAAGCAAGAGGAAGUCAUCCCGUGGUGGGUCUCCAUCCUUAUCCACUCCGACAAAACACAGAGGUAAUGUAGGCACAACAGAACAGAGCACCCCCACUGUGAAUGGUGUCCACGAAAACUGCAUCAAGAUGAAGGACUGUCGUGUAGCCUUGAAGAGACUUACUGAGGAAGAAAUUGUUCGGCACAGCCCCAAGGCUAAAUUGAUGAAAAGGCAAAGAGUGUCAGAUUCAGAUUCGAGUGACUGGGCAACACCAAGAAAGCGCCAGAGGUCGGGUAACAGAAAGCCCAUAGUUUUGUCGGAUGACUCUGACACUGAUAACCCUGUUGGUGGAGCCAGAGCCAACCGAAACAACACAUCUACUGAGUCAUCUACUUGUACCUAUGCAGUUCGGGAGGCAAUAAAGAAAAGGAGGUGUCAGCUUUCCUUGGAAGAUCCACCUUCUGUUAUUGAAACACAAGCUGCAUCAUCACUGGAAACACUCAGAAGAAGUGUUGACAAAGGAAUGGAACGUUUGCCCCAUGUUGGCAAUACUAAGGAGUCAGUGGCAGUGGUCAGUGAUGAUCACACCAGCAGUAAAGGCCAGGCAGAGUCAGAAGAGGAUUCAGCUAUUAUCUCUGAUGGCAGAAUAAGCUCCAAAGACAUGAGUGAUGAUGCACUCCCUGACCUGGAGUUGAUAUCAUACUGUCCAGCAGUGAAAGAAAGGUAUAGCAGUGAUGACCUACCUGAUCUAGAGAUCAUAGAUGCCUAUUUCCCAUCUGCCACAUCUAGUGUGGCCGUCCCUGUCAUCAAGAAGGAGCCGUGUGAUGAAAGAACUAGCGACAGCACAAGAAGUUGCGCAGAGUCUCCCGUGCAAUGGAGAAGGAAGCCCAGAAAAGUCAUGGAACCUAAGAAAUCACAGACAUUGAUGACAGACUAUAAACUAUCCAAUGAUUGUGGUCCGUCCGUGUCGAGGCCUCAGUCCUCACUCAAGAAGAAGAAGAAGACAUUUGGUCAGCAUCGCUCCAACAUGCUGAACUCUUGUGAGGAUGCAGAAGAUUAUGACGCCUAUCUGUACCUGAUAAAGUCCUUCACUACCCGUUUACGUGCAAACUCACCAGACACAACAAAGUUCAUCAUAAAGGAGAUCCUUCUGAAAAGUAAAAGUGAGACCAUUACAUCAGAAGCAUUUCAGGUCCUUGAACAUGUCCAGAAUUUGCAUCCCUUCGAGAUCAAGUCAGAAUCUGAUACCAAAUGGUUCUGGACACUUUUGCAAACUCUGUGCAAGAAUCUAGGUCUCACAGAAGAAUCUGCGGCACCUUUGAAUGUUGUGUCUUUCUACAACAAUGCUCAUGCUCUGCAAUACCUGGUGAAAUUGUGCGAGAAUGACCUUAGGAGACAUCUGAAGUCUCAGCAGCAGUCCCUAGUGAGACAGUUUUCCUCCGAAAGACAUUACCAAAAAGUUGAGGAAAUUCUCAGGUGGACUGUUAACUCUGUAGAACUAGAACACUUGACAGUCACUGAUAACAGUUGCAAUACUCCUAAGAAGAGGUCUCAAUCCUCAAGUAGGGCCAGCCGUACAGUGUCGUUUGGGAACAUCGCACAGGUGAAUGCCCCAUCAUGCCUACAAUCUCUACAGAAACUGCUGCUAUUAGUCGAGGAGGCCAGUGACAGUCCUUACAAUGACUGUCGGACGAUGGGGAAUGAGCUGCUUACUUCUUACAUCUGUUUGCCAAGACUGAGGGACUGUCGAAUGCUGCUGCAGACCAUGCAAGCUCACCAGCUCAGGCUCUGGUUCCUGGAGGUGAUGUUCUUUAAUCAGUGCAAUGACUACUCCCAGGGGCUGCCCCUCUCAGUAACCAAGAUAACCAGAUCCUUCUUCAAGUGCAAACCACGAGCACUAGCGGAGGUUGAGGAGGUAGGGGACGACAAGAUGGCGCCUGUGAGGGAAGCGUGCGAGGAACUGGCCAUGUCGUUGUUCUUCAUCCUUCAGAGCUACACCAGAGUGAAGAUGGGUCAACACCACCCCACAUCCUCCGUCCCCAGAGGAAUGACACCCUCUACAUUCACGGAGCACAGCUUGUCAUCGUCAGAUCUGCAGGCACUGGAACAGAUGCCAACUGAAGUAGAGCGCUUGAAGCUCCGCCUGGAAGACUUGUGCUCACCUCUGUCUAAAAGGACACACAACUACCUCCAGCAAAUGGUGGUCCUGGGAAAGUCUGUCCAGCAAGGUUGCAGGAGGAGAGGAGAGAGAAGAUAAAGACUAGACUGUAGAGUUUGUAGAUUGAAGUAGUUGGGUUUGAUGAGGAGAAAAAAAUGCAUCACAUUCAGACAGACAACAAGCUUGUCAAGAAAAUACAAUGCUCAACAAACAUUGCUGACAAAGAUAAUUCAGUUUUGUAUCAUUUCAUGUCAAGCAUGAAAAGUAUGUACAUAUAAUGCUUCUGAGAAAUUUCUCUGUUUUUGUACUUUUUACUAUUUUUAUGCUUCAAAAGUUUUGUUGCACUGGUCAGUCAAAUUGCUGUUGUGAUGAAACUUUUUAAUUUAACAUUGAGUUUUGAUAAA